AUUUGAUCGAUAUAAUGUAAAAAAGAUUAUAAUUUAAAAAAACGUGAUUUAAAAAUUAGUAUAUAAAUGAAACUUGUCAUUUUGUGUGGAGAAGUGGUGUGUAGUGGAGUUUUCUCAAGGCUCGCCAUAAUCUGAUAUUCAGUCGGCGCCAUCUCUGCUAACAUGAAGGCAGUCGUGAUCAUUCUUGGAUUUAUGCUGUGCGCAGUGCCAGCCCUAGGGGAUGGUGUCUCAAUCUGCUACUGGGGUGCAUGGGCCAACUACCGGCCUGAACUCGGCGCGUACGGGGUCAGCGACCUGCCGGCGGACCUCUGCACCCAUCUGGUGUACUCCUUCAUAGGCCUCGACGGGGAGGGGAACUUGACCCUAGCCGAGGAGAUCGAUGUCGGCGGCAAGAGCAGCUACAUCAAAGACUUCAUCAAGCUGAGGGAAACCUACCCCAAGUUGAAGCUGAUAGUGGCAGUCGGCGGGUACAAUGAAGGCUCUGCUGACUUCUCAAAGGUGUGCAACAACGACACUCUCCGCGCGCACUUCGUGUCGAACCUGGUGCAGUUCGUGGAGGAGUCAGGCUUCGACGGACUCGACCUGGACUGGGAGUACCCCGGGCAGCGCGAGGGCAGCCAGGAGAGCGAUAAGCAAGCCUUCGUGGACCUAGUCCGGGACCUGAAGGAGCAUCUGGGGCCGAAGGGGCUGGAGCUGAUGGCCGCCGUCCCCAUCACGCAGUGGGCCGUGGGCAUCGGCUACGACGUCGUCAACAUCAGCAAACACCUGGACUACAUCAGCCUCAUGACGUACGACAUGCACGGCACGUGGGAGAACGUGACGGGCUCCAACGCGCCUCUGUACGGCCAGCUCACCGACCCCGCGGGCGACGUGCUCAAUGUGCAAGCCGGCCUAAACGUGUGGCUCACCAACGGCGCGCCGGCGUCCAAGCUGGUGCUCGGGCUGCCGUCGUACGGCAAGAGCUUCACCCUGGCGAGCCUGGACAACGCCGGCACCGGAGCCCCGCACGCGGGCGGCGGCGCGCCCGGGCCCUACACCGGGGAGACCGGCACACUGGCGUAUUAUGAGAUCUGCCUGCAGCAGCAGCAAAGCAGCUGGAACGUGACGGUGGUGAAGGACAACUACGCGUUCGCGAGCUCCGGCCUCCAGUGGGUGGGCUACGACGACCCCUCCAUCACCUUCGCUAAGGGUCGUUUCGCCAAGCAGAACAAGCUGGCCGGUGUGAUGUACUGGGCCACAGACCUGGAUGACUUCGCCGGCUAUUGCUCCCGCGUCACCUACCCCAUCAUCAAGGCUGGCAUCAAGGGGUUCAACUCUCUCUAGAUCAUCAGUUGAGUUAGAGGUUGAGAUUACGUUUACAAAUAACGGAACCAUCUGAACCCAAAAAAAUGCUGAUUUGUCAGUUGCAAUGUUUAUUGACCAAUGUACAGUCAGCUGCAUUAGUAGCUAUACACUUUUGAACCUUGUCAAUCUAACAAACCAACUAUCCAUUCAUGAAACAUUGACGGUUCGUCAGUUUGACAAGGUACAGAAGUGUAUAACAACUUAUGCAGCUGACCGUACAUAGUUCUUAUUAAACAUCCUAUUGGGAUCCACUGCCACAGACACAAUAGUACUAAAAAAGUGACCUGAUUGAUUGUUCUUAUUCAUUAAUUGCAUCCAUGUAUGUACAAGGAAAGAGAAAAAAUUAUACAUGUUAAUUACUUUUUUAUAAAAUAGCUAUUGCUAUUUACACACCUAUGCUUAGUUGACCGAAUCCUAGUCUCCCGUGAUAAUAUUUUUAUUUUCUGUAUGUUUUAUAUUAUGUGAAUAUACAUAGAAGUCAAAUAUAG